AUGAGUGAUAGGAUGCGGGACAAAUUCCCUUUAGUCUUAUCAGCGCUCAGUAUGAUCAAGCCUCAUUUCAGCAGAAUCGCUCUGCAGAUUUGGCUGGUGGCAGGAAACUGGGGCGGUGACGGGGGUCUUGUCGGCAGGAGCGGGGAGGGGGCUUCUCAGCUGAGGAAGGGGGUGACACUCGGGGCCAGCCAGCGGCUCUGCGCCGACGCGUGGGACGGGCUGGGCAGCCCAGGAGAUGCGCAGAUCGCGGACGGUCAGAGGGAGAACGGCUCUGCUGUCCGCUCAGAGAACAGGAAUGCACAGAAUGCCUACGUCUUUGACAGAAUUUUGGAUUUGCACCUGUGCCCCCUCCCAUCUCUGACCUCCAGCGUGGCCAGGUCCAGGGUGAAGGGCAGGCACACCCAGCUGGUCGGCACCUCACAGACCGACCAGGCCCGCAGAGCCGGGCUGAGCUGCCCGGGCAGCCUCACGGGCGGCGCCACGUGGAGUGUAGGAGAGGAAAGCCCAGGUCCCGCCCCUGCUUCCUGGGCAGGGAGAGGCUUUACAUCAAGCGGGAAGGUUUCAGUAUUACGAGGACUGGGACACUCUUCUGUCUUCAGCAGUGAGAGCCGCCGGUAUGAACGAAAGGGCCUGAACUGGUCAGGGUUCUCCAAUGAAAUGGACCAGCAGGGUGUGCUGCGCUAA